AUGGAUGAAGAGGAUUUCCAAUCAUUGAGCAAGGGAGUAUUCGUUAUUCCAUUUCGAUCAGCUUCAAGCGAAGCGGGCCCUUCAAGACCUCGUCCACUUGACCAACUCUACAAAUCCACAUUAGAUCAUUAUGAGCAAGCUUAUUCAGUAUAUGCCGCUGAGAGGACAACAGAACAACUUGAUGGUAUAUCAGACUGGCUUGACCGAUGUUCUGCUCCUCCACUGUUGAAACUUCAGAACCCAAUCUACCGACUAGAAGUGGGUAUAUUACACAAUGCAGAUACAAAUACAUCUAGCUCACUCUCCCCUCUUUUGUAUGUAACCGGUGCUACGACAUGUAUAUUGAAUGGGAAAGACGCGAGCGACGUAGGAUCGGCAAUGAAGAGUAUGGCUAUUGGGUUCAUAGGUGACACACGUGUUGCAGGGAUGAAAACUGGUCGAACAGGUAUUGAAGAAGUUGAGCUUUGGUACCAAAGUCAAAAAAAGAAGUCACCUUUACUGUUACAUAUUCAAGAAGCUCAGCUUGUUCCAUCCUCCGUCCUAGGCGAAUUGAUGUAUAUCCUCUCUUUACAUCCAGAUUUGCCUAUACGUCUCCUUCUUUCCGUUCCAUCCAUUACACAUUUCUUAUCAUCUUGGACGCCGAUUGAAAUUAGUUCGAUAGCUUUAACUAUCCUUUCGCCAAGUAAUAAAAGAAGAAAUACAGGUAUCGGGUCAAUUCUUAAUGCUAGCGAAUCUGCUCCAAUGAAGAUAUCAGAUGAUUUAGCGGAUGAAAUCCGCUCGGAGGAGCACAAAACUGGAGGUGGCGCUAGAUUAGCUUUGAAAACCAUCAAAUGGUUAUUGUUACACCAUUCGAUGAAUUCACCACUUUCGAGAUUGGCUUUAUCGACGGAUCCAAUCAAGUUACAGAAGUUGCGAUCGUUGCUAGAUAUUGUAUUAGAGAAUCCGGAUGAUCGUACUUUGCCUGGUGGAGAACUGUUUCAACUCACUUCGAAUAAAGAUUUAUCAUCCGCACUCAACCCUGCACCUCGGACCUCAAUCCUGCAUGCUUUAUCAAGUUCUGGUGAUUUCAUUCGCUCCUCCAUGGUGCAUGAUCAGGCUGAAAACGGCAAUACAGCACGCGAUCCGUCUCCUACGCCACAAAAUGCCUCUCGACCUAAACGGAAAUCGCUUCCCUCAGACGAAGCGCAGAUCAUGCAAAACAGUAAACGAAAGCGCUCGGAAGACAACGCUGAAGCUGAAAAUGGAGAUGAUCAUGAAGUAAAAACGAGAGGAGAGGAAUUGAAAGAAUUACAAAUGCUAUUUGACCUGUGGAGGGGUGCAGGUCGAUCAGUCAAUCUUUGGGACUGGUUGGAAGGUUUUAGUGGAGCUAUGGCAGAUGAUCCUCAAGAGCAAGAAUCAUCAGGAAAACCGGAUAACGAUGGGAUGGCCAUAAAUGGCGUUGCUUCUGAGAGAACCGGCGAGGCUAAUGACCAUGGCGAGGAGAAAGACAAAAACGUAGAUGAGGAAAAUGAAGCUCGAUUACAUGCUGUAUUCAUCAGAUUUGUAGAAGAAGCUAGGAUGAUAGGACUGAUCAGAGCAAGAGGAAAAGGAAGGAGAGCCGAUGAGGUGGUAAAAGGUGUCGCAUUGGUAUGA